GGUCGAGCCAUCUGUUGACUAUGGUGUGUCGCUUACUCUAGGUUCAUCGAAUAGUGACACAUGUAGUCGUUUGAGCCCAGUUAGUGUCGCACGGCAUCACAAUCACUUUGUCACAAGGCUCCAUUGAGAUGAUGGUGUGCCACCACUCAAGGUACUCAUCAUCAGCGUGCAAUGCAGCGAACGAAAGCCGCGGCAAACUCCGAGGCAAGAGGACGUUCUGCCUAAGGCCAUAUCUUGGCGUUGCGCGCACCUCAUCGGCCAUUUUCCACCUAACGCCACGCCGCUGCGACAACGACAGCAGAGACAACAGAUCUAGCGACAAAAUGCAGAUCUUCGUCAAGACCCUAACGGGCAAGACCAUCACGCUCGAGGUCGAGAGCAGUGACACGAUCGACAAUGUGAAGAGCAAGAUCCAGGACAAGGAGGGUAUCCCACCGGAUCAGCAGCGUUUGAUCUUUGCCGGCAAGCAAUUGGAGGAUGGCCGCACGCUGAGCGACUACAACAUUCAGAAGGAAUCAACUCUCCACCUGGUUCUCCGCCUACGUGGUGAUGAUUUGCCGCAAGUGCUACGCUCGUCUGCCGCCGAGGGCAACGAACUGCCGGAAGAAGAAGUGUGGGCACACCAACCAGCUCCGCCCGAAGAAGAAGCUGAAGUAGGCGAGUGCGUGGAGGUGUGCGAGGUGGAGUGGUUCAUUACGGCGUACUGGUGCCAGACUCAGCUGGGGUAGUACUGUACCAAGUUCGCGACCAAAUACUCGACGAACCACUAUGAUCGGCUGCGUGUAUUUUCAGGUUUUCGCGUGCACUUACUUGCACUGAUUUCAGCAUGCCUGUUCCGUGGCCGCUCCGCGGUACUUCGUAGUCUGUGGCAGCAAAAAUGUCCUAUGACGGAGGGCAAGGAUCAAUUGUCCUUGCUCUGGUCCGCAUGCUUAGCAGUAGAUUUUCGGCGGAUACCGACUCCUGAUACAGCCGCGAAAAGUCCGCUAAUCCCACAUAUCGCCAACAUCGGAAGACGUGUUGCGCUGAGCGAUAUAUGGUGACCCAGAGAGCCAAGAAGCGGUUAAGAAGACG